AUGGGCUCUCAAACAAGAGGCAAAAGCAUUCGCAUUGGUGUAGAUGUGGGUGGCACCAACACUGAUGCCGUCGCCAUCGAUACAUCACAGCAACACACCGAGAGUCGAGGUCUUCUUGCACACUUCAAAACACCAACAACGACCGAUGUCACCAAAGGCAUUGAGACCGCUAUAGGUACGAUACUCCAAACCUCGGAGCUCUCAACGUCGGACAUCGUUAGUGUAACUGUUGGCACUACCCACUUCAUCAAUGCAGCGAUCGAACAUGAUGCGCGUCGAUUGAACAAAGUGGCCGUCAUUCGCCUUUCCAAGAGCUUCCUUCGCGAGGUUCCUCCUUUCUCGGACUUCCCACCUGGACUGGCAGCUAUCAUCAAUGGAUACGUAGGCUAUGUUGAUGGCGGCCUUCACAUUGACGGCUCUCAAGAGUCUCCGAUCAUAGAAUCUCAGGUUAUCGAGAGAUGUGCUGAGAUCAAAGCUCUGGGUUUGUCGUCUGUGGUAAUUGCUGGAGUCUUCUCCCCUAUCGAUGAGAUCUUCCAGCAAGAGGAGCAAGUCAGGAAGAUCGUGCUCAGAGAGCUGCCCGGUGUUGAGGUUGUAUGCUCGCACGAGGUUGCAAACAUCGGCUUCCUUGAGCGGGAGAAUGCCAGCAUUUUGAACGCAGCUAUCCUGGAUUACGCCAAACGGACAGUGAGCGGAUUCCGUCGUGCGAUGAUAUCAUUGAAGUUGAGCUGCCGGCUAUUUCUCACCCAGAAUGAUGGCACACUGCUCGACUCCGCAUCCGCUGCCAAAUUCCCAAUUCGCACAUUUGCAUCAGGCAUGACAAACUCGAUGCGUGGUGCUGCUUACCUGGCUGCUCACGAUACCCGAAAGUCCUCGGCCAUUGUCAUAGACAUUGGUGGAACGACAAGUGACGUCGGAGUCUUGCUGCCUUCUGGUCUACCUCGACAAGCUGCCGCAUAUGUUACUGUUGCUGGAGUACGAAUGAACUACGCGAUGCCACAUUUGCACAGCAUAGGUCUCGGUGGAGGUACCAUGGUGCGAAAACAUGCUGAUGACAAGAUCAUCGUUGGUCCUGAUUCAGUCGGACACUAUCUCACACGAGAUGCCUUGGUUUUCGGAGGCGACAUCUUGACAACAUCUGACAUUGCCGUCGCUGCAGGCAAGGCCAAGAUGGGCGAUAGCACGCUUGUCAAGAACUUGGAUGCCAAGGAGGUCGCGGAUGCACAAUACAGUAUCAAAGCCCUACUAGAGAGGGCCAUCGAUGUGAUAAAGACCUCGCCUGACCCGAUGCCUGUUCUGUUGGUAGGAGGUGGUGCAGUCAUUGCCCCAACUGCCCUUUCGGGUGCUUCCGAGCUCACACUGCCCCCAUUCCAUGACGUUGCAAAUGCUGUCGGUGCAGCAAUAUCCAAGGUUGGAGGCGUUGUCGACACGAUUCAAGAUGUGUCAGGUCAGACCUUUGAGCAAGCCGAACAAAAAGCCAAGCAGAUUGCGAUACAACGUGCGAUCGAUGCUGGUGCUCUCGAGGACAGCAUCAUGAUCGCAGAGGUUGAGAGCUUGCCAGUCUCAUAUGUCGCCAAUCAACUGAGAACGAUAGUGAAGGCCGUUGGCGAGCUCGACAUCAAGGCACAGUCGCACACCAACUUGGAGGAGGACUAUGACGGCUUUGACUCUGAGUAUGCAGAAGAAGGCACCAAACAGGUUGCUUAUAAAACUGUUCAAGUGCCGCAAGUUGAUCCGAAGAACUACAUCCCCACGAUAAUGGAGAACGAGGUGACUGGCAAUGCGGAGUGGCUGCUGUCUGAGACAGACAUUGACUUUAUAUCCNNAAAGGGGCACAAGAUGCGCGUUAUAGACGUUNNUUCUGCACUCCCAGAAGAUGCAUUGAUCUACUGGGGAGGUCAUAUGGGCUCUCCAGCAGUUUCGGUCGAGCGCCUUCAAUCUCUGGAAACAGUCGGUGCUUUCAAUGAGCUCAUGGACUAUCUACACCACGACAAGCUGGACGCAGUUAUGGGUCUUGAGAUAGGUGGUGCCAACGGCAUGGAGCCUUUGCUUGUGGGAUCGUCCCGUUUCUUCGAUUGUCCCGUCAUCGACGCCGAUUUCAUGGGUCGUGCCUACCCCACUUACUGGCAGACCACUUUGGCUGUCCACUAUCCAGGUGAACUCGUACCAUGUGUCAUCGACUCUGGCGACGGAAAGACGAUUCUGAUGACAAAGGCCCCGAAUGACGAGAUCGUGGAUCGAGCCUUGCGUGCCUCAUGUGCCGAGAUGGGUUCGCGCGUAGGUAUGGCAGCAAAGCCAACGACAACUGACAAAGUACGAUCCUCUGGUGUUUUGAAUACAAUGUCGCUGGCUUGGCGCAUUGGCAGGUGUAUCUCUUUGGCAGAGGCCAACAACACAAUGUCUACUGUUGCAGAAGCGAUAGUGAACGAGGCUGGCGGGACUAAGAGUGCCCGCAUCUUGUUCCGUGGCAAAAUCACCCAAGUUGAACGUCGAGUAUACAAGGGCCAUUCUCAUGGCUCGAUUACAAUCAGCGGAACAGAAGAAGAUGAAGAGAGCGCCGCUAACGCUGAUCGGAUGUCUGCCAUGAGAGUUGGUGGUACUCUGAAGAUCCCCUUCAAGAACGAGAACAUUUAUGCCGAAUACACAUCGGAGUCGGGAGAGAAAGAGUAUCUUGCACUUGUUCCAGAUCUCAUUGCCGUUCUAGACUCUGGCUCUGGAUGUGCUUUGGGCGUGCCUGAGUUCAAGUAUGGAUACUACGUUACCGUCAUCGGCAUCACCUGUUCGCCACUCUGGACCGAUACACCUGAAGGUAUCAAGAUUGGUGGGCCAGGUGCAUUUGGAUACGAUCUUGAGUACAAAGCUCUGGGAGAAUACGUCAAACCGAGGAGUGUCAUUGAAGAAUAUAGAACAUGA